AUGGACGGUAGCGGUGGCCGUAAGAGGGCUGAGGCAGCAGCAGCAGCAGCAGCAGCGGCUGCGCAGGAGAAGGAAGCGUCCGCGCGGAGCAGAUUCCGCUCCCGCCACCAUCUGCGCUCCGCCGUCACCGCGGGUGGCUCGUCCGUUCCCGUUUCUUCCUCCUGGUUUCGCGUCUCGUCGUCGUCACCGUCGGCUGUUCCGUCUUCGUCGUCCGUUGGCCGUCGGAUCGCUCUUCACCAAUCGUCCGCGCCAGCCGCAAAGCGCGCUAAAACAUCUGCCGCUGCCGCCGCCGCCGCCGCCGCCGCCGUUUUUUCCCCGAUCUCUCGCACUCCCGCGUAUCUCGUAUCCCCUCCGUCCGCAUCCGCACAACCUUCCGCGCAAGUAACUUCUGGGCGUGCGCGACCGUCCGCUUUCUCCCCGCCUUCCGCAAAGAGGCUCACCAGUCGCGUCACUUUCGCUGCGCCCCCGUCGUCCGUUCAUCGCGCGGAAUCUCGCGACUCGCAUCAGGCGAAAUCACGCGCUGCCGCGAAAGCUGGUGCGACCGCUGCGACAACCACAGCAUCGUCGCGUGGUGCGAGUACUGCUAGCGCCAAUCUUACCCCCCCCGUCUCCGCUCCCCCUGCGGGUGCUGCAGGGGCUGGUUCCGCCAGCGCGGGUACAAAGGCGAGUGCGCGCGCCGCUGCAGGUGGCGCAGUUGGCGGAGGAUUAGUCGGAGCGAGCGGAACUGUUGGUGGUGGUGACACGGCAAGGGGGAGCAUGGAUAGAGGGCUCGAUUCCGAUGGCGACGGGGACGCGGCAGCUGCAGCAGCUCUCCGCCAGUCGUUCACUUCGUCUGCUGGUACUGCUCUAGAGAGUUUGCUCCGCCGCUUCUCCGUCUCUAUUGAUGAACUCCUUCCCUCCCCGUCCGCGCCUGGCGCCGCCACAGGCGCAGCAGGCGGCGGCCCCAGCAGCAGCGGCGGCGGCGGCGGCGGCGGCGGUGGGCAGCUAGAAUCCCUCUCUCUCCUCUGCGACCUCCUGCUGAUCGGCACAGAGGAGUCCCUCGCGUCGUUCCCUGUAGACGCGUUCGUGCCGCCGCUGGUGGCUCUACUGGAGUGCGAGUAUUGCCCCGAUGCCAUGCUGCUCGCGGCGAACGCGCUGACUUACCUGUGUGACGUGCUGCCCAGUAGUGGGUGCUCCGCGCUUGUGCACCACGGCGCUGUGCCGUCUCUCUGCGCGCGCCUGCUCACUAUUGAAUACAUCGACCUGGCAGAACAGUCGCUGCAAGCGUUGCAGAAGGUGUCUCAGGAGCAUCCCUCAGCGUGUCUGCGCGCCGGUGCGCUCACGGCUGUGCUGUCCCAUCUCGACUUCUUCUCCACCAGCAUCCAGCAAGUGGCGGCGCGCACAGCGGCGAAUGUGUGUCGGGACGUGCCUUCAGACUGUGUGCCCAUGCUGCUAGAGGCCUCACCCGUGCUCGCCAACAUGCUGCAGCACUGCGACGCCAAGGUGGUGGAGAGCACGUGCAUCUGUCUGACCCGCAUAGCCCUGGCAGUGUCGUCCAACCCAGAGCAUCUCGCCACGCUCUGUGCCUCCUCUGGCCUCAUAUCCCAUGCCGUGCGCCUGCUUGCUGCCUCCUGCAGCGCUGCUGGGGUGGGGGGUGGAGUGGCGUCUGGCGGGGUUGGAGGGGGUAUUGGAGGGGCCGUGGCCAUCACCGCGACGACCUUUGUGGGUCUGCUGCGGCUGCUCACGCUGUGUGCGCGGGAAGCGGAGGGCGCAUCAGAGACUCUCCUAUCAGCAGACAUAAUCCGCCUCCUCCGCAACGCCCUCCUCUACUCGGGCCUCCAACCCCCCGCACACUCCACCUCUCCUGCUGCUGGUGAUGCGUCUCCAUUGGAGUUCGCUGGUAGCCCUGCAUUUGCGUCCCCCGAUGUGACUGCUUCGGGUGGCGGGGGCGGAGGAGGGGGGAGUGCAGGGGGGUUGGGGCCGGUGGCAGCUGCGUCUGCUGCUCCUCCCGGGCUGACCAGGCCCGUGGAAGAGGUGUACGAAAUCCUUGCGCUAGCCAAUGAGCUGCUGCCACGUGUGGUGGAGGAACUGGAGGAGGGGGAGGUGUUGUCUGAGGACAUAUCAUGUGAUGAGAGUGAGGAGAAGGACGUUACACAAGGCGAGGAGGAGGGGAGUGGAGAGAAGGAGAGUGAGAAGAAGGAGAAGGGGAAGGAGAAAGGGGCAGGAGAGACAGGUGGUUUGACAGGUGCUGAUACGGCCCUUGGACUGGGAGUGGACGGUGCGGCAGCAGCUGUGGCUGGUGGUGACGAGGAAGUGAAGGGGAGUGGGAAGGGGAAAGGGAAGGAGGGGGAGGAGGCGGAUGGGAAGGGGAAGGGGAAGGAGAAGGAGAAGGGGAGGGGGAUGAGUGAGCGGGCGAGGCAGAGGGCGUUUCAGCAGGCGCCAGAGGGGCUGGCGCCGUUUGUCUCUGACCUGUUCCCUCUCAUCAUGCAGGCGUAUGGAGCGACAAUGAACGUGGCAGUGCGGCACAAGUGUCUCGAGAUUAUAUGCAACGUGCUGCUGCUCUCCACCCCCACCACCAUGCCCCUCCUCCCACCCGCCUCCUCCAUCGCUAGUUUCCUGGCAGACGUCCUCUCUUCCCAGGACGCGUCUCUGCAGUUGCAAGCGCUGCGCAUCGCCUCUCUGUUACUGAACAAGGACGCUCACACCUUCCGCCUGCCCUUCUCCCGUGGGAGCGUGGGAACAGGGAGCGAGAGGGGUGCAGCAGUGGCUGCUGCGGUGCAUGGGGAGCAUCGGUUGGUGUUUUCGUUCCGAGGAGUUCCCUUGGAUCCUACUGCCACGAUUCUGAGUGUGGUGGUGAAGGGUCUGAGAAUGAUGGCUGAAGGGGUGGAGGGCGAGAGAGAGGAGGUUGGAUUGCAGGAGGAGGGUGAGGAAGUGGAGGAGGAAGAGGAGGAAAUGGAGGAAGAAGAGGGGGACGAAGAUGAGAUGAUGAUGUUGCAUGGGGAGGAGAGUGGAGAGGAGGAAGAGGAGGGGGAGGAAGGAGAGGAAGAGGAAGGGGAGGAGGAGGAGGAGGAGGAGGAAGAGGAGGAGGAGGAAGUGGAAGAAGGUGAAGAGCUGGGCAGAGAGGGGCAUGAAAUGUAUGUCGAGGAAGGAGGUGAGGAGGAGCAGGAGGAGGAUGGAGAGGAGGAUGAAGAAGAAGAAGAGGGGGAAGAAGAAGAAGUAGAGGAGGGGGAGGUGAAAGAAGACGAUUUGCUGGUAGUGGAGGAGGAAAUGGAGGAAGGGGAGGUUGACGACAAGGAGAAAGCUGCAGGAGGGGAAGAGGAGGAGAGAGAGGAGGGAGAGGAGGUGGAAGAAGGCGAGGAGAUGGAUGUGGACGAGGUGCCAUCGCACAGUGAGGGGGCUUCAGCAGCAGCAGGCAUUAGUGAACAACUCGAGAAGAUUUUGUACUCAGAGCUUGGCCUUCCCAGGCUCAUUCUGGGACAGACAGGUGACGCUGCUGCUGCUGCUGCUGCUGCUGCUGCUCUCACCACUCCCUCCACCCCCUACGCCACGAUCCCUGCUCCAGGCCAGACUUCCACUUCCCCCUCCUCCUUCGCCUCGCCGCUCUCUCCCUCGCUCCCCCCCGCAUCGCCAGCAGCAACGCUCCUGCAGAUCCAGCAGCACAUGGCAGUACCCCCAGAGCUGUUUCUCAACAGCAAGAUCGCCACCAAGCUGCAGCGACAGCUGCAAGACGCACUCUCUCUCUGCAGCGACUCGCUCCCCGACUGGGCACACGCGCUCCCGCGCUCCUUCCCGUUCCUCUUCCCGUUGUCGCUCCGCCGCCACUACUUCUACUGCACUGCGUUUGACCUCCUUCGAGGGCUGCACCGCCUGCAGCAGCAGCAGCAGGCGGCAGGGGAGGCAGGCGCGGGAGCGGGAGGGGGAGCAGGGGGAGCGGCGGGAGGAGGAGGCGGAGCAGGAGGGGGAGGAGGGGGGGCAUACGGGCGGGACAGGCGGAGGGAGCUUCGGCCGAUCCGGCUGCAGCGGCAGAAGGUGCGGGUGUCUCGAGAGCAUAUACUGGAGUCAGGAACCAAGGUCAUGGAGCUGUAUGCGGGGCAUAAGGCCGUGCUGGAAGUGGAGUAUUUCGGGGAGGUGGGAAGUGGUCUGGGUCCCACUCUCGAGUUCUACACUCUCUUAUCCCACCAGCUGCAGCGGCGCUCCCUCCGCCUGUGGCGGUCGGAGGAAGGCCCUGGAGUGCCCGUGCCUGUAUCUGCAGCUGCAGCAAGCAGCAAUCUCAGUGCUGGCACUGGCACCGCUGCUGCCACUGCUGGCGGAGGAGGAGGAGGAGAAGGAGCAGAAGGGCGCGCAGGGCUGUUUCCGCGGCCGUGGCGGAAGGCGCCGGAGCGGGUGGUGGAGCAGUUCAGGAUGGCGGGGCGGCUCAUGGCUAAGUCUCUGCACGAUGGAAGGCUGCUGGACAUGCGCUUCUCUCCUGCCUUCUACCGCCUGUUGCUUGACAAGCCUCUAGGCCUGUACGACGUGCGUCUGUUCGACCCCGCUCUAGGAAGCACACUCGAGAUGCUCGCGCAUGUGGCUCGCGUCCUCGCCCUCGCCCCUGCGGCCUCCGCCGCCGCUUCUGCUGCAACAACCGAUGCAAGUGGUGCAGGUGGCAGCGCUGCUGCAGCAACCAACACACCCACAAGCACGGAUGCUGACGGCACAGGCAGCAGAGGCGUCACUGGUGUUACAGGAGUCACAAGUGGCAGCAGCAGUGGCAUGGAUGGCAGCAGUGGCGGCAGUGUGGUGGUGGCGCAUGGGUUGCUGCCCGAUGGAAUGCUACUAGAGGAUCUGUGCCUGGACUUCACUCUCCCAGGCGACCCCUCCUAUGAGCUCAAGCCAGGCGGAGAGGACAUUGAGGUGGGCGAGGCGAAUGUGGCGGAGUAUCUGCACCUGGUGGUCGAUGCACUGGUGGGGUCGGGCAUCGCUGCUCAGAUUGACGCCUUCAAGCAGGGCUUUAACCAGGUCUUUUCACUCUCAUCACUGCAAGUGUUCACGGAGUAUGAGCUAGACACACUAGUGUGCGGAGACCGUCAGAUGUGGACUGAGGAACUGCUAGCAGAGCACAUCAAGUGUGACCAUGGCUACACCCUUGACAGCGCCCCCAUCAAAUACCUGCUGAGCAUCCUAGCAGCGUUCACCCCCCAGGAGCAGCGGGCGUUUGUGCGCUUUGUCACGGGUGCGCCGUGCCUGCCCCCGGGCGGGCUUGCAUCGCUGCGCCCCAAGCUCACCAUCGUCAGAAAGCACCCAUCAUCAUCCCCAGGGAGACCCUCCACCUCCACAGCCUCCCCGCCAGCAGCAGGGGGAGCGGGAGGGGCAGGGGGCAGUGCAGGAGGGUCACCAAUGGCAGCGAGUGACAUUGACCUGCCCAGUGUCAUGACCUGUGCUAACUACCUCAAGCUGCCUCCUUACUCUUCCCAGGAGGUGAUGCGGCAGCGGCUGCUGUACGCUAUCUUUGAGGGGCAGGGCUCGUUUGACCUCUCGUAA